AAAAAAAAAAAAAAUAUAAAAAAAAAAAAAAAAAUUAAUAAUAAAAAAAAAAAAAAACCAUGUAAAAAAAGAAAAAAACAAACUCCUGAACAAAAAAAGCAGCAGGAGAAAAAAAAAAAAAGAGGGUUAAAAAAAAAAAAAAAAGAUAAAGAAAAAAAGCAGAACUUUAAAAAAAAAAAAAAAAGCUUAAAAAAAGAAAAAAAGUUUGAUAAUGGGAUCCGCAUCCUUACGAAGCCCUGA